UUGUCUAGGGAUUAUGUUGGUGGUGGACAAUGUCCAAGCAAAGCAAAUAUAGUUGGAAAGACAGUAAUAGUUACUGGAGCUAACACUGGCAUUGGUAAAGAAACUGCUAUGGAACUUGCAAAAAGAGGUGGCAGAAUAAUUAUGGCAUGUAGAGAUAUGGACAAGUGUGAAAAUGCUGCAAGAGAAAUUCGUGGCAAGACCCUGAAUCAUAAUGUGUUUGCUAAACAUUUGGACUUGGCAUCAACAAAGUCGAUCAAAGAAUUUGCAAAGGACAUACUAAGAGAGGUGGAACACAUAGACAUUCUCAUUAAUAAUGCUGCAGUAAUGAGAUGCCCUCUCUGGAAGACAGAAGAUGGGUUUGAAAUGCAGUUUGGCGUCAACCAUUUGGGUCAUUUCCUUCUGACUAACCUGCUGCUUGAUAAGAUGAAGAAUUCUGGUCAGUCCCGCAUCAUCAAUGUUUCGUCCUUAGCACACAUAGUAGGGGAUAUCGACCUUGAGGAUUUAAACUGGGAGAAGAAGAAAUAUGACACAAAAGCAGCUUAUUGCCAAAGCAAGCUGGCUAAUAUUAUAUUUACAAAUGAACUGGCAAAAAGGCUACAAGGAACAGGGGUGACUGCUAACUCUCUGCAUCCAGGUGUUGCAGACACAGAACUCGGCAGACAUACAGGGAUGCACAAGUCUGCAUUUUCUAGUACAGUCCUGGGUCCCCUAUUUUGGUUUUUGAUAAAAACACCAAGACAGGCAGCACAGUCCAGCAUCUACCUUGCUAUAGCUGAAGAUCUCCAAGGCACAUCUGGAAAAUAUUUCAAUGCACUAAAAGAAAAAGAGCCUGCUCCACAAGCUUUGAAUGAGGAGAUUGCAAAGAAACUUUGGGAAGAAAGUGCUAAACUUGUACAUCUUGAUGAAGCAUUACAAGAAUGUAAAGUGUAG